UCGAAAUCAAUUUGAAUACAACAAACUCAAAAUCCUUAGCGUAGGGUUCCAGUUAUAACAACAAUAUGAGUUUAUUCCACUCUAAGGAUCUUAGAACAGCUACUAAUAGCACAAUAUCCUACAAGCAACAUCUGUCGCUUACCGACGCUCCGAGUAGUGCGCACAAAGGUGAUACAAAGGUGCUGCAGAGUAUUUUUGGUGGCAGCAUUGAAUUUGUGCCCAACGCCUAUAGUUCGCCCACAGAUUUAAGCUGUCUGCGACAAAUGUACUGUCCGGACUGUGAGCAGCGUUUACACAUAGACACCAUCAGUUAUGAUCGCUUGCUCUACUGUUGCCUGCCCAUAUUUCCCUUCAAGUGUCUGUACAAACGUGCAAUCGAACGGCGACAAAGUGGCAACAAAGUUAUUUGCAAAAGCUGUGGUGGAAAUUUGGGUUACUGGAAGCAACAGUGAUUAGCUGAUGUUGAUGAACAUCAAUGUUGAGAAUUUGUGCCAAUAAUGUGCUAAAAGUGAAAUUUCUUUAAUAAUACUAUAGUUAUUAAAAAUUUUGUAUAUGGAAAUUAUGUUUUUAAGG